CCAUCCCUCACCUCGCUCACAACAUCAGAUAUAUUUACAGUGCUUUGCUUUUGCCUUCUCUUUUCUCUUUUUGGGUAUCAAAUUCAAAUGGGGUGUUUAGGUUGGAAGUAUCAAUUGUUCUGUCUUGUAGUUCUACUCUCCUUUCUCUUUCAUCUUCCAUCGUCUUUUUCCUCGUCCUUGUCAUCAAUCUCACCAUGCUCUGCUUUACUCCAUUUUAAUAGCUCUCUUUCUCUUCACAGAUCCGCUUCUCCUUCUUAUUACGCAUCUAGAAUUCAGAUGUGUGAUAAUUCAUAUCCAAAGACAGCCUCUUGGAAGGAAGAUAAGGAAUGCUGUAGUUGGGAUGGGGUCGAGUGUGACCAAACCACACGCCAUGUUAUUGGCCUCGACCUCAGUUGCAGUUGGCUCAAUGGCCCCAUUCAUUCCAACAGUACCCUCUUCUUUCUUCCCCAUCUCAGGACCUUGAAUCUCGCUGGCAAUUGCUUCAAUGAAUCCCUAAUUUCGCCUGAGUUUGGCAAGUUUAAGACUUUGACUCAUCUUAACCUUUCUUAUUCCUGUUUUUCUGGCAAAAUCCCGAACGAAAUCUCUCAUUUGUCUUCGCUGGUUUCACUUGAUCUUUCACUCAACGAUGAGCUUUUAAUUGAAACACCAGUAUGGAAAAGAGUCAUUCAUAACCUUACUCAGUUAAGGGAACUUCUUCUGGAUUGGUCAGAUAUGUCCUCAAUCAGACCUAAUUCCUUGAUGAAUCUAUCCUCCUCUUUAACAACUCUUAGUCUCCAUCACUGUUACUUGCAGGGAAAACUCGAAAAUAACUUCCUCUACCUUCCCAGUAUACAAACCCUUGAUCUAGGGUUCAAUGACAAUCUUGAUUUGGGUUCUUUUCCAAAGCAUAAUUGGAGCAGUAUUUCCCUAAAGUUCUUAGAUCUUUCUUGGAUAAGAUUUUCAAGAGAAUUACUUGAUUUUAUCGGCAAUAUGAAGUCCUUGGAGCAUUUGAAUCUCGCUAAUUGCAAUUUGACUGGGUCAAUUUCAACAUCACUUGGGAACCUUACAAAACUUACUAUUUUGGAUCUAUCAUAUAAUAAUUUUAGUGGUUUGCUGCCGUUGUCACUAUUUCACUUGCCCAAUCUCUCAAGUUUAUACCUUGACAACAAUCAACUUAUUGGUCCCCUUCCUAAUCACGAAAGUGGGCUUUUGAAUCUAAAAGAUCUCUACUUAAGUUCAAAUUUCCUAAAUGGGACGCUGCCAUCUUGGUUGUUCAAUUUACCCUCUUUGGUGACAUUAAAUCUUGAUGGUAAUCAAUUCAUUGGUGAGAUUGGUGAAUUUAAGUCCAAUUCAUUAGAGCAUCUUGAUUUGGGUUAUAAUAAGCUACAGGGUUUUAUACCAAGGUCAAUAUCUAGAUUUGUUAACCUUACUUAUCUAUCUCUCACAUCAAAUAACUUUAUUACCAUGUUAGAGUUAGAUAUGUUUUCAAAGCUCAAAAAUCUCGACUAUCUUGAUUUGUCAAAUAACUUAGUUAGCAUCAACAAUAAUGUCACCUAUACCCUGCCCAAACUUAGCAGUUUGAUCUUGUCUUCUUGCAACAUUAGUGAAUUCCCAAUAUUCUUAAAAAUAGCAGCAACAUUACAAUUCUUAGACCUUUCCAAGAAUAGAAUUUAUGGUUAAGUUCCAAAAUGGUUGGGGGAUAUGGGGAGGAAUUCAUUAUAUUUUCUUGAUCUUCAUGACAACUUGCUUCAAGGACCAUUUCCCACUCUAAGUUUUCUUAGUCUACGAUAUAUCUUUGUCUCCAAUAACAAAUUAACUGGAGAAAUCCCUUCUUUAAUUUGCAAUGCAAGUUCCCUUUAUGUUUUAGACUUGUCCCAUAACAACUUAAGUGGCGCGGUUCCUAAGUGUUUGGUACAUUCUAAUGUCCUCUCAGUGUUGGAUUUGCGAAUGAAUAGGCUUCAUGGUACCAUCCCUGCAACAUUUUCCAAGAGAAAUAAUUUUAGAAAUAUUAACCUUAAUGGCAAUCAAUUGGAAGGGCCAUUGCCAAGAUCUUUGGCAAAUUGUAGAAACUUGGAAGUUCUAGAUCUUGGAAGUAAUAAGAUAAAUGGAACCUUCCCUUAUUGGUUAGGAAGUCUUUUAAAAUUACAAGUUCUUGUCAUAAGAUCCAACAAAUUUCAAGGUCA